CAAACAAAAAAGAUAGAGAAAUGGCUUUCACGAUUUCUAGAGCUCAAUCAGCUUUGCCAGGGAGCGAGAAGGAGAACCUUGAUGCCUUACAGUACAAGCUUAAGAACUCUGCAACAGUUGGUGAUGGUGGCAUCUCAAGCCAGCUCCACUUGAAGUCUUCGUUGUCUUCCGAAUCCUCUUCUCAAAACUUGGACAAACAUGUUGUCCUCCGACGCAUCCGGCAACGCAAGACCUACAACAAAGCCAAAAGCGCAGUUGAAACUCUAUUGGGCAACUCAGAAGCCAAUACAGCCUCUGCCCAAGAACAACAGUGGCUCCAACAUGGUGACAUUUUUUCUGCUCCUUAACUAUAAAAAUAAUCACUCCCUACCCACCUAUUAAAAUAGCCUCAGAUGACUCUUAUGUCAUUAUGCUUUGAAUACAAUGUUCAAUUGGUAUAUUGAGUGUGGAAAAGUACUAAACUUUGCUAGUGUAU